GGAUCGCAGCUGCCAGUGGCAAAAUAAUAUUGGAUUAUUCCAGUCGCGCAAGAGACAUUGCGCCGCUUCAGCAAUAUGGCGUCGUGGGAAUCCUUCGAAUUUACGUUCCAGUUCGAGCCAAAUUAUGCCCACGACAAAAAGACCCUCGACCGCAUCACCGCGAACCGUCGCUCGUUGCAAAACCAGCUGUUCAUCGAUCGCCUGCUCAAGCUAAUGGGCGUAAAGUCAGUGCAAGAAGCAUACCCGCCGAAAACAAACCAUGCCCUUCGAGAUCUCUACGAAAAAGUGCUCGCUUCGUCGUUCCCCGAUCACCAAAAACAGGCAGUGAUCUAUUAUCUCCUUCGAGAUUGUCGCGGCUCAAAUGAAGCUCUCAUUCAGCUUACACGAGAGUGCCAUCUUCCGGAAAAAUACCAGCUUUUCAUUGAUGGUCUCUGGCAUCUAGACCGGCUCGAAUUCAGACGAGCCUUGGAGUACCUCACAGAGCCUUCCCUCAUUCCCACAUUUCCCGACGAGAUUCUCUCAGUCCUGACCCAGCAGAAUCUACCGAAACACGAUGACUCUCUAGCGAUAGCCUACUACCUUACAGUCUCUCCACCACUCGCAUCUGAAAAGGUCCAGCAGUCGUACUUUGAGACGCUUUGUCGCGCAAAUAUUACCGAAUCAUUCUACUUUGCUCGGAAAUACGACCAUGAUCGACGACGGCAAUUCCUUGAACAGCUCGUUGUUUUUGUUCAUAAAACACCCGCCGGGCAGUUGAGAGGCAGUCGCGCAAUGGAACUUAUCAACUUGCCAUUUGACGAGCUAGAAGAAUCAUGGUUUGAAGAAUGUUUACUGAAUGGGAGAGCUGCGGCGCUUUCGGGGGCGAAGGAUACAGUGUUGAUGCGAAGGCUUGCCAGUGGUAAAAUGCAAGAUUUGCCGCCGAGCGUGGAGUCAUUAGGCGGACGUAAGAUUGAUGGCAUCAAUUGGGACGAUCUUCGCCAGAGUGUCGAUAGCAAAGGUUUUGUGUGACGAAAUAUACGAUUACGAUUUCUCUUGUUUCUGAUUGCAAAGCUCUUCAAAUGUUAUGGAGCUCAAGUGGUGUUCUGGGAGGCGUUGGGUGGCGCAUUCAAUACUGCAUAGCACUAGAUGAAAUAGCGUACUUUAACUUCACUUUUCCAUUGCCAUUAAUGUUGAAAUUAAUGAGAUAAUUUGAUUCUUUAACUCUCUG